AUGUCGCGCAAUAUCAACCAGCCGGUAUCCCAGAUCAAGCUGACCAACGUGUCGCUAGUGCGCCUCAAAAAGGGCAAGAAGCGCUUCGAGAUCGCCUGCUACAAGAACAAGGUGCUUGAGUGGCGCUCAGGCAUCGAGACCGACCUGGACAAUGUUCUCCAGAUCCCCAACGUCUUUCUCAACGUCUCCAAGGGUCAGAGCGCCCCGACCGCCGAGCUGAUCAAGGCCUUUGGCGCCGACGCCACCACCGAGUCGGUCGUGCUCGAGAUCCUGCGCAAGGGCGAGAUGCAGGUCGGCGACAAGGAGCGAGCGGCCCAGCUAGAGCGCGUGCACCACGAGGUCAUCGACCUGGUAGCCGGAAAACUGGUAGACCCACGCACUAGGCGGGUCUACACGACCGGCAUGAUCGAAAAGGCCCUCGACAUGAUCAGCACCCAGGCACACCAACAUCAUCAGGGCGGUGGCGCGGCAGCAACAGCAGCAGCAGCAGCAGCAGCAGCAGCAGCAGCAGAGGGCGAGACACCGGCAGAGGCACCAGUCAAGACACCCAUGUGGACGGGCGUCACCACGGCCAAGAGCGCCAAGUCGCAGGCCCUCGAUGCCAUGAAGGCCCUCGUGGCCCUGCAGCCGAUUCCAGUCAUGCGCGCCCGCAUGCGUCUGCGCGUCAGCUGCACGACCAGCGUGCUCAAGCAGCCGGUCAAGGCCACGGCCGCCGCAGGAGCAGCAUCCUCUGCCGGACCCGUCGUCGGGACCCCGUCCUCUGGCGGAAAGGGUGGCGGAAAGAACAACAAAAAGGGCCAAGGCCGCUCCGAGUCGGCUGCUGCAGUCACGGCACCGCACCAGAACAAGGACGAGGACGAGGACGGCAGCCAGCGCAAGGCGGCCGCUACUGUCAAGGACCGCAUCCUCGGCUACAUCGAGCAGGUCGAGAGCCAGGAUGUCAUCGGGUCGACCUGGGAGGUGGCCGGCUUUGUCGAGCCCGGCGCCUAUAAGGCCCUCUCUGACUUUGUCAGCAAUGAGACCCGUGGACAGGGCCGUGUCGAGGUUCUGGACGUUGCCGUGACCCACGACGACUGA